UGGAGAAGUUCUUUGAAGGUGGAGCAAUUAGUUUUAUUAUGCUGUUUUGGAAAGACAAGCAAUGAGUUUGUUUUCUUUAGCAGUGAGUGGUAUGACAGUGAAAUUGUGUUAGCUGGUUUUAAUCACAGUUUAUUCAGUAGUUAAUGAUAAUGACAAGUUUUGCCUUUUUACGAAGUUCAGAACGGUAACAUUUCUUCCUUUUACAUUUUCUCUUUUCAGGGUCUCAAUCCGUUUAAAAGGGAGAAUGCAGAAAUUGGGCAAUGAAAUGUUUUUUGUUAAGAGAUUGGAGUUGGGGGGUGUGGGUGGGGAAGGAUGAGGGGGGAAUCCAAUAAAAAUUCAGAAGAAGCCCAUGGAAUAGUCAGCCCUUUUUUUCCUGAAACUGCUGUAUCAGAGUCCAGCAAUUCCUUUGUGGAUCAGAAUUGGAUGCAGUUCACAGUUCCCCUGGCUAUAAAUGUUUUAAUGAGCAGGAAAGCUUAUUCUUCACUACUACUCCAUGUUUAUGGCAGUAAGUGUGAGUCAUUAAAUUGACUUCCUGACCUUUAAUGAUCUGUAAUCUAAAAGCUUAUUUAGCCAUAUUCUGAAUAAGUGGGUAGCUUCAAAUGAAUUCACAACAGACUGCAUUGAAGAGAGAGGGGAUAUACCUUGCUGAAGCCAUUUUUUAACUGUUAAUCGUUUGUAUAAAAUGGUCUGGGAGGUAAUGAAAUAAUUUUUUCAAUGACUUUAUCAAAGAUGUUUCCUUAACAUUUAAGGAAGAAAGCUAAUAUAUUGAUGUCUAACAUCCCUGGUUUAAACCUUGAAGAUAUGUAGUUGUGCUUUUAAUCUUUUUGAUGCGUUAGAGAUGAGAAUAAUAAGUUCUGUGGAUUUUGUUUUGAAUAGAAAGGCUGGUUGGUGAUUGGGAUGUAUAUUUGUGAUGAGAGCUUAGGAUCUAGAAUCGGGUAUCUUGGGUCAUGGUGCAAUGUUCAGGCUUUUUGCAGAUGUAUAGAGAGAGUGUGAGAAGCUCAGUUCACAGAUUUAAGGAUCAGUUUAGUAAUGCAGGUGAGAUAUUCAAACAGUGGUUAUGAGCUUACUGAAGAAAAUCCAGAGAAUACCUUUAUUAAGCAUUUAUGUAUUGCUCUUUGUACAUAUGUAUUAUAGAAGCCCUUCUAAAUAGCCAUCUAUCAAGAUUUUCUAAGAAAUCUAGGCAAUUUGAAUAUAUAUUAUUUGCAAAUUUAGUAGAAAGGAUACCACAUCACUAAGAUCCAUUUAAGCAUCUCCAUUUAGGUGUUAUGGAACUUUUAAUUGGGUACAGGUUGCAUAUAGUCAGCAGCUGUGAUUCUCUCAGAUAAUACCUACUACAAACAAGGAAGUAAAGGAUUUUUCCUAAUGGUGGACACUAAUAGUACAGCACUAAUACAGGUGUAACUGAAAUACACUAAUACAGGUGUAACUUAAAAGUAGUUUUUAGAGCUAUGAAAAUGUAAUAGUAACGGUUUAAGAAACUUGAAUGAGUGAAUACCUUCCAGUGAAAAGGGAAAAAGGCUAGAGAUGAUUCAGGAGCCAAAAUACUCCGCAGCCUUAAAGACUUUUCUCACAUUGUGAAACAUCUGUUGUAUGGUUACUAUCCUUUGCGCCUGGAAAUUUGUCAGUGUAUACUAAGCUACUGUAGGAAAAUUGUCAACCAAGUUGUACCUGCAGUUAUUCUGUGAAAAUGAGUGGUGGAGUCGUGUUGGGUUUUCUCAGGAUUGUCUGGUUUUGGUUUCUCUUUUUAUUGCAGCUGUUUGUUUUUCAUUUUGUGAAGUACUUCAUGGUUUUCUUUGUUUCUUUUGCAGUGGGUUGUCCUAAUAGUUGAUAUUGUGUAGCAGUGAGGGACAAAAGAAAAAUGAUUAAAAAAUGAAGAAGACUGUAAAACCAUUCAAGCAUGGUGAUAGCAUUGGGGUUACUUGCAAUACUGAAAUCUAAUUGUUUUUAAUUGACUGGAUUUCAAGUUGAUGUUCCCUUUAUUUCUGUCUGCAGAUUGUGUAUGAGUGAGGUAAAAACUGUGUACCUGUCCACUCAUCAGAGCACGUAUACCUACAUUUGCAAAAAUAUAUUUAAAAUAUAUUUGCAAAAAGAAACGUUGUCCACAGUUGUGUUAUUACACCUUAAGUGCCAAAAAGUAAUUAAUAUCAACUGUGCAAACAUUAGAAUAUCACAAGUCCUUAGUCAUUUCAGCAUCCAUAAAGGCAGGGCCUUAUACUUCAACAGAUGUUUUAAACUUAAUACCGUGUGAGGAUACUGUACUCAAAAAAUUGUCUGUGGGAAUAGUAUUUAGUUUUAGUCUAUUUCCAGAUGAAAUGUAGAAGCUCCUUGAAGUCACAGGUUUUGUUGUUGUUUCAUUUAUUUUUAAAAUCCAUAUGAAAUUAUGAAUCCUGUAUCAUCAAAAAAUAGUAAAGAUUUUUCAGGAGAAGCCUGUCUACUUUUAAGACUUUAUUGGCAGUGGCUCUCAUGUAAUGCUUUGUUUCCAGUAAGAUUAUGAAGUUUUAAUGACAACAUAAUUCUCUGUGCAAGCAGAACUUAACUAGUUAUCACUUUUAUUGAUGAUGCGCAAGAACAGAUUGGAGUUGAGCUCAUUCUUAUUAAGUGUUUGGUUCCGCGUGGCUGACAGGAAUAAAAAUUAAAGUCUGUCAUUCAGUCAAGGGCAAGUGGUACUGAGCAUGCAAAAGAAAGAAAACCUGUCAUGUCAUUUCUUGACCAAAAGUUGAUUUUGAACUGUUUCUUUAAAACUGAUUACAGUUUAGUAAAUUAAUACAAAACAUGGUUAAAUGAUUUUGAAAGAUGUUGAAGAAGAUUCAAGUGAAUAUAAUUUUGAAAAUAUUAGAAAUGCUGUCUGCAAUCUUAAGAAUUUCUCUUCUUUUUUCCUUUGUCUGUGUCUGUCUGUUUUUUAACUUUACAGUGCACACAUGUAACAUUUCCUUUUGAGUUUAAGUUGGGAGAACAAGAUGUGCAAACUCAAAAGCUGAUCAAAUGUAGGUGCAAGGACAAUCCUGAGAAAUAAUCAGUAAGUUGUCACAUGCCUGGAGUCAGAAUAAAAUCAAGUUUUGAACACUGGUACUUAUUUUGAGGAGCAAGGAGGAGUGUUUGAUUUCCUAUCAUCAGUUUGUUUUGAUUAUCCACACCACAUAUGAGAUUCAAAUUGCUUCAACUUGACAGGUAUGAAACAUAAGAGUUGCAUUAAUACAGACCUAACUUCUUAACUAUUGUAGUUAAACACCAUGAAGGAAUACCUAAGUUUGGGAUCAAGAUUAAGCCUCCUAAAGAGUCUGUAUUUUUUUCAUUAGUAAAUACUGUUAUUAUUCGGAGAGAAUGACCUCAAAUGAGAGGUGGAAUAAUUAUUAAAAGACAGGCUUGAAUUGGAAUGUGUGUAUCAUUUGCUGUCGUAUUUACUAAAAGCAUUCAGAGAAUUGAACCACAGUAUAUGUGAUAAAAGUAUUUAGACAGUCCUUUCAUGAAAAUAAUUUUUUGUAGCUUUGUAGAGGUCCCUGACAGAUGACGUGUGAAUCUACAGACAGUUGGUCAAUAUUCCCUGAGAAAACUCAUCUUGUAAUCCGCUCAUUGUUCUUGGAUUUCACUGUACUGUUGAUAUUCCCUCUUUUGGUUCACUUUGUUUCCCUGCCGAUUCUCUUCACAUGCUAUUUAUACAGGAUUUUUUUCCACAUAUAUUUGCCCUUCAUUUUUAUGAGGACUACAAAGGUCUUGUUGAAAUUGCUCUAGCAAAUGCUUUUCAGCUGGUGCUGGCAGAAAUAAUUGUGUACAUCGCUUGUGUUUUCAAGUGCUUCAGUGUUAGAAACCAAUUAUUUCUAUCACCAGGUAGCCAGCUAAUGAUGGAGAGGUCAUUUGUCAUGGAAAGAUCGGAUCAGGUUGCAGUGCUUCCUUUGUAAGGUGUUUGAGUCGUGCUUCAUUGUAGAAUUUUUCAAGCCUUGCAAGUGUACUCUGAAGAGAAUAUCAGAAAGAUACAGAGUCAGCCAAAGUUCACUGAAAACAUUUAAAAAAUGACUUAUUUACCAUUUUUCCUUUUUUUGGGGGGGGGGGGAGGAAAUGACAUUUUUCAUGAGGAGCUACAGACACACUGGGAAACUUAAAUCCCAGUAGCUAACCCUAAAAGUCAUCUGUUGCUUUCAGCCCCCUUGAUUAGUAGGGAAGAAACACACAUGAGGAAUUCUGCCUCAUUCAAUCUUAAAUCAGUAUUACAAGAAAUUUGCUUGCUGUCCUUCAUAGAUAUAACUGUUUUGCACCUUUUUAUGUGUGAUAUACUUUAAUAAUAUAAAGUGUACUAAGUAUUGGUGCUAAGGGUUGGACUAGAUGGUAUUGUAGUCUUUUUGAACCUUGCUGGUUUAUGAUUCUCUGAAAAACUCCUCCCUUUUCUUGUUUUUCUUCACUGUUCAAUUCCAUUUGUGAGGUUGCUGGAGAGUAACAAAAGUCAUGGAGUCUCUUUGGAAAUGAGAUGGUUGCUAUGGCAAUGCUCCCAGCUGCUUCUCCUCCCAGAUGAGAAAACCAUUUUUAGACUCACAUAUUUCAAGGUUAGGCUACAGUGUUAUAAACUGAACUGUAUAGUUAACUAAUUCGAUUUAGAGAUCUGCUGAAAAUGGUCUGCUAAAAAUCUUGGUGCUGAUAUUCAGUUAAAACUGUUGAAUAUUUGUUAGGUUGAUUUAAAUGGUUUUAUUGUUGUUUAUAUUUGUUUAUGAUCAGAUAGCAGAGGCAAAGCUGUUGUAUUGACAUCAGUAUUUGCACGUUACUGAAUUCAGUUUGUCCAUAGCAUCUCUCUCAAAUGUGUGUCGAACCUUAAAAAUUCCAGAGUAAAGGAAUUCCAUUUUGUGUGUUACAGUCUUAGUAAUGUCCAACUACAAUGUACUUAAUAUAUUAUACUUACUGUAUUAUACAUUAUACUAAAUUACUAAAUACUCAUCUGUUUUCCAAAAGGACCAUUACUCUAUCAAAUAGAAAAAAAAAACCCAUACAGUGUGAUUUCUUUCUGGAUAAUUCACUGCCUUAUCAACCUCUUUUGUUUUUUUAUGGGGCGGGGGGAUAUUUUUUGUUUUUAGUUUUAAAAGGUAGCUCACUGUUCAUUGAUUCUCUUAUUUUUUUCCUUUUCUAUUUUAAAAAAAAAAAAAAGGUUCCUAGUAUUCUCUACAGGAGUCAUCUGGAGCCUGCAGGCAUUUGUGUGGUUUAUGUUCGAUCAAGGAUAAGUGCCUUCAUUUCUCCAAAUAAUGGUUCAUCUCACAAAUAAUGAAUACAUAAAAAGAUUUAGUGUCCAGGUGUCCAGGUUUUCUUUGCAACUAAUGUCUGAUGAAGAAAAAAGUUGUUCAAUUUCAGUCAAAUUUUCCCUUUUUAAGGGUAAGUUAACUUGUUUAAAUACUUCUUAAAAUAAAGAGAACUAUAUAAAGAUACCUUAAGAAAAGUUGGAUUGGAAAAAUUAGAAUAAUGUUUGCUAAUUAAAGACAAUCAGAUUCAGAGGAAUAAUUGAAACCUCAGCAUAUUAUAGGGAAGGAAUAUGCAGUCACUGGGCUGAGACAUUAAAUAUCUUAAUUAACAUGGCUAAUAACUCAGUACAAUAAUAAUAAUUUAAAAACCUGUAUGUGACACAAAACCAUGCCAGUGGGAAGUAGUUGUGCCUUACAGUGAUUAUAUCAUUUUCAGGACUAAAGAAUGUUCUUAAAAUACUUGAUCAAGAGCAGAGUAUCGUGGAUAAUCAUAACAGCUGCAAUAUUUGCUGGAACAAGCAGUAUAGUAUAAUUGUUAUUGUAAUUAGAAAAUGAUGUUAACUAAAAACUGCCUGAUUACUCGCUUACAGAAAUUAAAUGCAGCACUUUGAGGGCAUAACCAAAAACCUAGGGAAAGGUGCUUCAUUUGGGAGAGCUGCAGGACAGGUAUCCCAGAAUUGCCUUGCAACUGGCCCAUUUCACAGCAGCACACAGCCAAGCACACCAGGUAUGGUACGUUCCCUACACCUUGCAGGAUCUCCUCACCCAGCCUGUCACUCAUGCCCACUGAGAUGUAAUAUUUAAUGAUUUUUGUUCAAUGUUUUCAUCUACAUAAAUAGUUGCCUUUCAGAGCACACAUGAACAACUGCUGUUACCCUGCUCACUUCUAAUUAAAUGCUUCAUACUUCACUUCUACUCUGCCAAUUCAGAUGAAAGUGUGGAGACCAAAGAGAAGCAAAGUGGAAGGUAGUAAAUUAAAAGGGGAGGAGAUAUACAGUGAUGGAAAGUACAAAAAUCAAAAGCACCAAACAAAUGCAUAUCUGAGUUCAUAGCUAUGUGGUAGAAAACCUGUCUAAAGAGUAUUUUAAGUUGUCAGAGUGGGAAGGUGCUUUUUGCCCUUCCUUAGUAUGUUACUCCAGCAAGAUCUGUACGUCGUACAGUAUUAUUAAAUAGGAUUUUGCACUUUAUUUUCAUACUCUAGUCACUACUUACAAAACUUGAUACUAACCAAAAGUUACAACACAUCAAACAUGGAUAUCAGUGUCUUAGUUUCGGCUGGGAUGGAAUUGUUUUCUUCAGAGUGUCUGGCAUGAUGCUAUGUUAAGGUUCUAGGAAAAAAACAGGGUUGAUAACACAUAGAUGUUUAUAGUUGCCUGCUGAGCCAAGGUUAGUCUCAGGGGAGGGCCUGAGGAGCUGGGAGGGAACAGAAUUGGGACAGCUGACUUAAACAAGCCAAAGGGAUAUUUCAUACUUUAUGACAUCAAGUGGAAAGAGUUUGGAAGGGGUUGGGAGUUUAUGUUCUCUCUUUGCUGCUCAGGGGGCCAGUUUGGCAUCUUCUGGGGAGUGGUGAGCAAUUACUUGUGCAUCCCUUGUUAAAUACAUUGUAGUGGAAGCCUCAUCCUUAUAGACAUUCAAGGUCAGAAUGGGCAGGGCUCUGAGCAACCAUGUCUAUAGCUGUAGGUGUCACUGUUCAAUGCAGGGGAGUUAGGCUAGAUGGCCUUGAAGCAUCAAAUAAUUCUAUGAAUCUGUGAUAAUGCAAUGAGCGUAGAAUAUGUGUUCUUUAGCUUUUCUCUGUGAUUGAGCAGUGCUGGAGAAGAGGUACUGUUCUGACUCCUUGUGGUCAUUCACAUGAAAAGAGUUAUUUGUACUUUUAAAAAUGAAAAGUAAUAUCAGUGAGUUUUAACAUUAUAGAUAAAUCUUUCAUACAUUCUGUGAAGUGUAUGUAUUUAAUUGCGCAUGCAAUAUGUAUCUUCAUGAUAUAUAUAUGUAUAUGCACGUGUAAUAUAUAUCUCAGUGAUUUCACUGAGAAUGGAUAAAUGAACAGGAUUUAUGCAUAGAACAAAUGUUCAAGUAAAGCUUACACAGGACUUACAUGUUCUCUACAUUUGAAUUGUGGGUGUUUUGGUUUUUGGUUUCUUUUUUUUUUUUUUUCAGGGGUAAGAAGUGCUCAAACUGGGUUACAGGUUGGAUAAAGAAAUACAAAUGUCUUGGCUCACCUUGACUCUAGUUUAGACAUCAUCUAGAAGUUAUCCAGAUAGAUAACACAACCUUCAGAUGUAAUAUGAGAGAGCAAAGUCCACCAGAGUAAGCACAGUGUGAAAUAAUGAAGAUGUAAUUUUGCUACACUUCUACAUUUGAGAUAGUGUGUUGGAGCUGAUUUAUUCACCUGGACUUGAGUAGCAGGCAAAGUACAAUUGUAGAGUAUGAGCUCAUGCACUUGAGUGCACUUGUUACUUUGUCAAGCUUCACUGUAAGAGUCUCUCAAUGUCAAAUAAUCAACCUAGGAUGUAAUAGGAAAUUGUAUGUUUAUACUAAAUCAGAAUUAUUACUGUAUAGCUGGAAGCAGAAUAAGCAAAUUCUGUUUUGCUGGUUUUCUGUCUGUUGCAGCCUGUAUUAUAGCUGUGGAUUUCUGCAGGAGGACUGACUGAAGGAAGAUGCUGUUGAAGAGUUCAUUGUGUUUUAUUCUGGUCUUGCUCUCCCAUUGCACGGCGUCGGUGACCACCAAAGAGGCAGUGAUCUUGGCUAAUGCCCACCUUCUCUCUCAAAGAGAUUAUGAUAGAGUGGCUAACAUCAAUGAUAAAGAUUAUUUAAGGGAUUGUUUUGAGAUUUUUCAGCGCUCCAGGGGAAACUCCAGAGAUGGUCUUUACAUCAUCCAACCAAAGGAAGACCCAAUUGUGGUCUUUUGUAACAUGCAGGAUGGUGGCUGGACAGUAAUCCAGCACAUUACAGCCAACAGUACUGUCGACUUUGAUAGGACGUGGCAGGAUUACAAAUACGGUUUUGGCUCUGUUCAUGACAACCACUGGUUAGGAAAUGAGUACAUGCAUCAGUUAACUGGUGGCUCUGAGCAGUAUGUACUAGGAGUUAAACUUGUAGACCUAAAUGCUGAAAUCAAAUGGGGACAGUACAAACCAUUCCGUAUUGAAGAUGAAGAAGCUCAAUACCGAAUCAGGGUCGGCCUAUAUGAAGGCAAUGCUACUGAUGCUCUGACUCUGGACACAGAAGCUUACCUCCAUGACAACCAGAAGUUUACCACCAAGGACAGAGACAAUGAUAAUUACUUUCAGAAUUGUGCUAAACUAGAACACAAUGGUAUUCCUGGGGGAGGAUGGUGGUAUGAUGCAUGUGCUGGGGCAAACCUGAACCGUAGGAAUGUGAUAUACUGGCAAAAGGAUUGCAACAAGAAGCAUUUGUGCAAGUUUUCAUGGAUGAUGGUCAAACCCAUUGAACACAGCCCAUUGGAUGCAACUAACUCUUGUACAUGUCAGAAGGAGGAACUGUAGGUGAGCCAUGUAUCCUUUGAAUGGAACAUGGAUUCUUUGUAAAGUGUCUUAAGUAAAAUCACACUAAUCAAAUAAGUAAUUGCGAUGAAAACUUUAGCCUCUGCAAGGUCUUUGUGAUCACAUAUUGUCCAGGACUGGACCUAAAACACAUAGAUACCUAUUUACCAAUCACAAAAAUGACAAUAGAUGACCUCUAACAAAAGAUUUUUCACUACGCAUUUUAUGGUAUUUUGGCCAUAGGAGGAGUUAGGUAUGAAAUCUGGGAGAUGUCUUGUAUCUUGUAGCAGAUACACAUGCAUACACAUCAGUUUUAGAAGGUUUUGCUCCAGGAUGAAUGUUCAUCAUUAACUUGCACAUCUUCACAAAUUAUGCAGGAAGGAAAUUUCAAGGGAAGUACCUAUAUUUACAAAAUGCUUAUCAGAGAGUAUUAUGUACCAUAGGGUAGCAUAAAUCCUUUCCUUUUUACCUUUAGUGAAAGUUAUUUUAAUAUUUUUACCUGGUAGGGUCUUUAUCUUCAAUGUCUUCUUUUCUCAGCCACUGGCUUUUUAUUUCUACUCGUAUGUAAUUAAUUACUUAGCACGGUGUUUUCUGCCUUGUUAUUAGAGUACCCGGAGCUAAUGGCCUCAUCAUCUUUCCCAUUAAAAACUACUAGUCCAAGGCCAAGUAAUGGCUACGAGCCCAAAGCUCCAGUUUUUCCUCCUGUUCCACGAAGCACUAAAGCUUUUUUAUUAUUACUAUUUUUUUAAAAUACCAUUGUGAGAUAAGAACAGCACUGGCUUUAUUUAACAUGUGCUUGCUUCAAUUGUUUUGAUACUCAACCUUGAGCUUAUUUAAACAGUGCCUCUUUUCCUGAUUGUAACACAAGGAGAAAGCCUUUAAAUUUCAUGAUGAAUUCAUCUGUCUUAAAAUCAUAAAUAAAAGGAUUUUGGUUUUGGUAA